AUGUGCGGCAUCGUCGCCUACAUCGGAUCCAAGCCCGCCAAGCCGCUCCUCCUCGAAGGCCUCAAGCGCAUGGAGUACCGCGGGUACGACUCCGCCGGCAUGGCCGUGCUCAACGGCAAGCUCGACGUCGUCAAGACCGUCGGACGCGUCGCCGUCCUCGAGGAACGCAUCAACAAGCACCCCGGCCUCAAGGGCACCCUGGGCAUCGCCCACACCCGCUGGGCCACCCACGGCGACACCACCGAACGCAACGCCCACCCCCACACCGACGACGCCGGCACCAUCGCCAUCGUCCACAACGGCACCAUCGAGAACUACGCCGCGCUCAAGAAGUACCUCCAGGGUCGCGGCCGCACCUUCACGACCGACACCGACACCGAGGUCAUCGCGAUGCUCAUCGCCGAGCUCUACGAGGAGCCGGGCGACAACCCCGAGACGACCGAGAUGGGCGGCCCGACCCGCGGCGGGCUCGAGAAGGCCGUCCAGGCCGCGAUGCGCGAGAUCCGCGGCGCCUACGCCAUCGCGGUGAUCUGCGAGCGCGAGCCGGACACCCUCGUCGUGGCGCGUAAGGGCUCGCCGCUCAUCGUCGGCAUCGGCGCCUCUGAGUUCGUCGUCGCGUCCGACCCCUCCGCGAUCGUCGCGCACACCUCCCAGGCCUUCGCCCUGGAGGACGAGCACGUCUGCAAGCUCACCCGCGCCGGCAUCCGCACCUCCACGCUCGACGACGUCCCCGUCUCGCCCAAGGUCCAGCAGCUCGAGCUCGACCUCGAGCAGAUCGAACUCGGCAGCUUCGACACCUUCAUGAUGAAGGAGAUCUUCGAGCAGCCCGAGCGCCUGCGCAACACGAUGAAGGGCCGCAUCAAGCCGAGCGACGGCAUGGUCGUCCUGGGCGGCGUCGCGGAGUACGCCCGCGAGCUCAUCCGCGCCCGCCGAACCAUCCUCACCGGCCAGGGCACCGCGUACCACGCCGCGCUCGUCGGCGAGUACCUCCUCGAGGACCUCGCGAAAGUCCCCGCCAAGACCGAGUACGCGAGCGAGUUCCGCUACCGCAACCCCAUCAUCGUCGACGGCACCGCGCUCAUCGCGGUCAGCCAGUCCGGCGAGACCGCCGACACCCUCGCCGCGCUGAAAGAAGCCAAGGAACGCGGCGCGCUCACGCUGGGCGUCGUCAACGUCGUCGGCAGCUCCAUCCCGCGCGAGACCGACGCCGGCGUCUACCUCCGCGUCGGGCCCGAGAUCGGCGUCGCCUCCACCAAGGCCUUCACCGGGCAGGUCAUGGUGCUCUCCCUCCUCGCGCUGUACAUGGGCCGCCGGCGCGUCAUGUCCGUCGAGCAGUGCCGCGAGGUCCUCGAGCAGCUCCAGCGCGUCCCCGACCAGAUCGAGAAGAUCCUCGAGCAGAACGACCACAUCCGCGAGGUCACGAGCAAGUACAUCGACCAGGAGAACUGGCUCUUCCUCGGACGCGGGUACAACUACCCCGGCAUGCCCGCGGCCGAGAUGAAGCACGGCCCCAUCGCGCUGAUCAACGACGGCAUGCCCGCCGUGUUCAUCGCCAACCAGGGCCCGCAGUACGACAAGGUCAUGCUCAACAUCGAGCAGGUCAAAACCCGAGGCGGGCGGAUCAUCGCCGUCGCGACCGAGGGCGACAAAGAGAUCCAGAAUCUCGCGGACGACGUCUUCUACGUCCCCGACAUCAUCGACCCGCUGAGCCCGCUGCUCACUGUGAUCCCCCUCCAGCUCCUCGCGUGCCACGCCGCGAUGCUGCGUGGGCACGACGUGGACAAGCCGCGGAACCUGGCGAAGAGCGUGACGGUGGAAUAA